UUAAAGCAGAUUCACAUGGCAUCUUCCAUUCCAAGUGUUCUCUAAAUUAAAUAUUUUCCCCAAAAAAAAAAACUAUUUUUUUUCUCUGCAAUUUGCUUUGAUUCCAAUUGAAGGGACGCACGAUUUUAAUGGCAGUUUAACAGGAACACUACUCUCUCUCUCUCUCUCUCAUUCUCCAGAUCCCAAUUUUUUCCAAAAGUUGUUCAUCUUUCUUAUUUCCCCAGAAAGCUCAAGCUGCUCUCUUGAUCAAGGUUUUGGAGCAAGUAUGUUUAGAUCUUCACCGAGAAGAGGACAGAGAUCAAAAGGUUUUAAGGUGAAGCAUUGUAUUCAAUUGACUCUGUUACUUAGUGUUGGGAUAUGGUUGCUUUAUCAAGUGAAGCAUUCUCAUGAGAAGAAAGCUCAGUUUGAGGAGAGUGCAAAGAUUGUUGUUGGGGAUGAUAAAGUUGUUAAGCUUGGUAGGAAAGAUCUUAACCCUCGUGUCGAGGAAGAUGAAGCUGAGGAUGGAGGAGGUAGGAAUGUUGUUGAUAAGGAGAAUGAGGUUGUAGAGGGAGGUGAAGAGAUUAAAGACAAGGAAAGUGAAGAAAGAGAGAUUGAGGAGAAGAAAGAUGAUGGUGGUAUUGGUACGGAAGAAAGCGAGGUUGUUGAGAAGAGAGAUGAUAAUGGUGAAACAGAAGAGGGUGCGGCUGAAGAGAAGAGAGAUGAUGGUGGUAGUAGUACUGAAGAGAGUGAGAUCGAAGAGAAGGGAGAUAAUGGCGGUAGUACGGAAGAGAAUGAGAAGAGUGGUACAGAAGAAAGUGAGGUUGAGGAGAAGAAAGACAAUGGAGGUACAGAAGAGAAUGAUGGUGGUAGUAGUACUGAAGAGAGUGAGAUCGAAGAGAAGGGAGAUAAUGAGAAGAGUGGUACGGAAGAGAAUGAGAAGAGUGGUACAGAAGAAAGUGAGCUUGAGGAGAAGAAAGACAAUGGAGGUACAGAAGAGAGUGAGGCGGAGGAGAAGAAAGACAAUGGAGGUACAGAGGAGAGCGAGGAGAGUAAAGAGAAGAGUGGUACCGAAGAGAGUGAGGUUGAAGAGAAGAAAGACAAUGGCGGUGGUACCGAAGAGAGCGAGGAGAGUAAAGAGAAUGAGGUCGAGGAGGAGAAGAAAGAAAAUGGUGGUGGUACGGAAGAGAGCGAGGAGAGUAAAGAGAAGAGUGGGACAGAGGAGGUGACUGAUGAGAAGACGAGUAAUGAAGAAGCAAGAGAGAACAAUUACAAGGGAGAUGAUGCUUCUAGUGAGGUAGUCCAUGAGUCCGAGGAAAAGACUAAUGAGUCGGACAACGGUGAGAAAGUGGAUGAUAAGUCGGGUUUAAAAACUGAAGGAGUUGAUGAUUCUGUUAUCAAGAGUGUUUUGCCAAACACAACUGAUAAUGGUGAAAGCAGUAGUGAUGAGAAGACUGGUUCAUCCUCAGGUAAGGAAUCAGAUUCCUCGGAGGGCAUAAAAUCUGAGGGUGAAUCUAUGGAGAAGAAUCAGUUGUUGGAGAAGGAGUUCAAUGAUUCUAAUGGUGAGUCUUCUGAGACUGUGAAAUCCACGGGUUCUGGAGACGGAAGUUCUCAAGAGACUAGGAAAGAAGAAGAUGACAAAGAGAAGGUAGAAUCUUCUGAAGUGUCAUCUCAAGACGAAAAUAAAAACAAGGAAAGUGAGACAAAGGAGAAGGAAGAAUCUUCGUCUCAAGAGGAAAGUAGAGACAAGGAAAGUGAGACAAAGGAGAAAGAAGAGACUUCAUCGCAAGGGGAAACUAAAGACAAAGAAGCCGGGACAAAAGAGAAUGAAGAGUCUUUGCCCCAAGAGAAAACCGAAGAAAAGGAAACGAAGCCAAAGGAGAACGAAGAGUCUUCGUCUCAAGAGGAAAAUAAAGACAAAGAAAACGAGAAGAUUGAGAAAGAAGAGUCUUCGUCGCAUGAGGAAACUAAAGAUAAAGAAAGCGAGGCAAAGGAGAAAGAAGAGUCUUUUUCCCAAGAGAAAACCGAAGGAAAGGAAACCGAGACAAAGGAGAACGAAGAGUCUUCUUCUCAAGAGGAAACUAAAGACAAAGAAAACGAGAAGAUUGAGAAAGAAGAGGAAACUAAAGACAAUGAAACUGAGACGAAGGAGAAAGAAGAGUCUGUGUCCCAAGAGGAAACUAAAGACAAAGAAACCGAGACAAAAGAGAAAGAUGAGUCAUCGUCCAACAACUCACAGGAAAAUGAAAGUACUGAGAGUGAGAAGAAGGAACAGGUAGAGGAAAACGAGAAGAAGACUGACGAAGACACAAGCGAAUCUAACAAAGAAAGUAGCAAUUCAGAUACUGAACAAAAGCAACCAGAGGAAACUUCAGAGAAAGAGGCAAGCAACAAGAAUGGUGGUGAGACAGAGGUAACUCAAGAAGAACAUUCUGAUUCUUCUUCAGAGACUACUAAUCUUCCUCAAGAAGUAAAAGAUGUUAGAACUGAUCUUGAAACUUUGCCGGAUUCUGGCAAUGGAGGGAACAAUGAGAGUGCUGCGGCUGAGUAAAUCUCAUAUGGUUGAUCAAAAUAUACUCUCAUUUGAUGUUGUUUUAGUAGAGAGAGUCUUACGAAUUGAAUUUGUGUCAUGUAAUUUGUUGUAAUCUUUUUCUUUUAACAUUAUUUACAGGUUAAGUCAUUCCCAAGAGCAAGUGUUCUAGCUCUC